GUACAUUUAUAUAAAUAAAUAAAUAUGUAAAAUACAUAAAUAUUUUUGUUGUUUCCAUUUUCUUGAAAGUGUAUACUAAAUCCAAAUAAUAUGGCUGAUAUCUUAUAGAGCUUGAAAGGUAUUAAAGAAGAUUUAAUAACCUAUUUUUAUGUAAAAAAUGUUCGUGAAUUUGUUUAAACAUUCAAUAAAAACACAAGUAAAACAACAAACUACUAACUAUAGUUAUAGUAUACAUAAUAUUUUAGAAAGUGUUGAUAUUGGACAAGAAAUAAAGAUAAAGGGAUGGAUAAAAUCGUUAAGAAAACAAAAAGAUAACGUCUUUUUAGAUAUAUCCGACGGGUCUACGGCUAAAAAAUUGCAAAUUAUCAUUCCUAACAAUAUCGUUCCCAAAAAUUUAACAACCGGAGCCUCGAUAAUAACCCAAGGAAUAUUACAAACAUCACCAAAUGGUCAAAAAGAGAUAAACGCUAAUAAAAUUAAAAUAUUUAAUAAUUGUAUUGUUACGGACGGUUACCCGUUUGCUCCUAGGAAAAAAUAUUUACCGGAAUACGUGCGACAAUAUUUACAUUUUAGACCAAGAACUAAUAAAUUCUCUUCUGUAUUAAGAACGAGAAGUACGGCGCAGUUAUGUUUUCACGAUUAUUUAACCAAUAAAGGUUAUAUUAAUAUCCAAACCCCUGUUUUAACUUCGAAUGACUGUGAAGGAGCCGGAGAAAUAUUCAGGGUUAUACCCGAAAGCCAAAAUUUACUAAAAUCAAUGGUUAAACCAGGUGAACCUAUUGAAGAGGCAUUUUUUAAUAAAAAGUCGUAUUUAACUGUAUCCGGACAACUUCAUUUAGAGGCUGCAGCACACGGUUUAAGUAAAGUUUACAAUUUAGGUCCUACUUUUAGAGCCGAGAACUCCAAAAGUAGAUUACAUUUAGCAGAAUUUUAUAUGCUGGAAGCAGAAAUAGCAUUUAUAGAAGAAUUAGAAGCUCUAACGACAGCUGUUGAAGAAUUGGUUAAGGAUGUAACGAAAUUAGUUGUGGAAAAAUGUCAAGACGACCUCGAUGUUUGUAGAGAAAAUACAAUAGACUGUUAUCAUUGGUUGAAUAAAAGUUUUGUAACUUUGGAAUAUGAUGAAGCUGAGAAUAUUUUGAAAAAGAAUAAGGAUAAAUUUGAAAGGAGUUUUAGAAGAGAAAUUGGUAUAUCAAAAGAACAAGAAUUAUUUUUGGUGCAACACUGUGGAAAUGUUCCUACUUUUAUAAUAAAUUGGCCGAAAGACAUCAAACCUUUCUAUAUGAAGGAAUCCGAAGAUGAUCCAUCGAAGGUUCUUGCUUUCGAUUUAUUGGUACCUGGUGUAGGAGAAAUGGUUGGUGGUAGUUUACGCGAGGAUAACAUUGAAAAAUUGAAAAGAAACUUAUCAAAUGAUCAAUUAGAUUGGUAUAUCGAUUUAAGAAAGUUUGGAGGAGUACCUACUGCUGGGUAUGGAUUAGGGUUCGAGCGAUAUUUAUUAUUUUUAACUGGUAUUCAAAAUAUUAAGGAUGUAAUACCUUUUCCAAGGUGGCCACAUAAUUGUAGCAUGUGAAUAAAUAAUUUCAAUUGGUUA